AUGGCAGUCACCGAGGGACUUCAAUAUUUGGAAUUAAGGCAGAGACUCAAAGAAACCUUCAGAAAGAAGAUGCAUGAGGAAACUGGGUAUGCUCUAUCCAAACCUCCAGAGAAAAAUGUGCGGCUUCCUUACGAUGAGAAUUAUGGGUGCUUUUUUGGCCCAUCUCAGCCAGCUAUUGCUCGAAGAGUAGCUCAGGAACGCAAGAAGUUGUUGCAAUACUUGGAACAAAACGGUUCAAUUUCCCAGGACAAUCACUCUCCUCCUGUUAAAGGAUCGAAAAAAUUUAAGGUAACCAUUGAUAGAAAGGCCAAAAUGCAAAGACUUAAAGAAUCAAGAGAUUACUCCUUCCUGCUAUCUGAUGAGAGAGAAGCGCCAGUUCCAAAGAAAGAGAUUGCUUCUUAUGGCAAUUGUCUGAUCAGGCUAAAACCUUUCCAAGUUGGCAAUGGAACAAGCAAGAAACCUGCAGAGCGAAACUUGGAACAGAAAAGGCCAUUACGAGAACCUUGUAAGCAUAAAAUCAUGCAAGAACAACCUGUGGCAUCGUCAAAACCUCAGAUGAAGAAGCCAGCAGUGAAGCAAAAUCCAUCACAAGCAUCAACGCAAGACCCCAACAAGAAAAGGAAGCAGAUAUCGAGUUAUGAGGAUGACCAUUAUGAGGGUGAAAUGGCUUUAAGAAUAAUCAGAAAAAUGUUUAACACCAAAAGGUUUGUUGGUCGCGAUGAUGCUGAUAUUAAUAUGGAGACCACCUAUGAGCAAAUCAAUAAGGAAGAGAAAAGAAGUGAAAGAUUGGCAAGGAAGGAAGACCAAGCACAACUCCGCCUGAUAGAGGAAGAGGAGCAGCGUGAAAGGAUGAGAAAGCUGAAAAUUAAGAAGCGUAAGCUCCACCAGCAGUAG